AUGUCUCAGCCCACCAAGGCCUCGGCCACCGCAGCAGUGAACCCUGGGCCCGAUGGCAAGGGGAAGGGGACCCCGCCCACAGGACCAGCCCCCGGCCCCGGGCCCGCCAUGGCCCCAGCAGCCGUGCCCGUGCCCACUGCCAAAGCGGGGGAAGUGCCUCCCGGGAGCUACAGGCUGGUGGUCUUUGAGCAGGAAAACUUCCAGGGCCGUCGGGUGGAAUUCACCGGGGAGUGCCUGAACCUGGGAGACCGUGGCUUCGACCGAGUCCGCAGCCUCCUGGUCACCUCUGGACCCUGGGUCGCCUUUGAGCAGUCCAACUUCCGCGGGGAGAUGUUCAUCCUGGAGAAGGGGGAGUACCCACGCUGGGACACCUGGUCAAGCAGCUACCGGAGUGACCGGCUCAUGUCCUUCCGGCCCAUCAGGAUGGACUCCCAAGAGCACAAGAUCAGCCUGUUCGAAGGAGCCAAUUUCAAGGGCAACACCGUGGAGAUCCAGGAGGACGACGUGCCCAGCCUCUGGGUCUACGGCUUCUGUGACCGCGUGGGCAGCGUGAGGGUCUCCAGCGGAACCUGGGUCGGCUAUCAGUAUCCUGGCUACCGCGGAUACCAGUACCUCCUGGAGCCCGGCGACUUCCGGCACUGGAACGAGUGGGGGGCCUUCCAGCCACAGAUGCAGGCCCUGCGUCGCCUGCGUGACAGGCAGUGGCACCGCGAGGGUUGCUUCCCUGUGCUGGCCGCCGAGCCCCCCAAGUGA